AUGCCAAAGCCACCGGUACUAGGUCGCCAACGCCGCACCAACCCCUUCGUCUGGUGCUUCGCCAUCAUCUGCUCCCUAAUCGCCACCACCGUAAUCGUCGCCGGAAUCAUUGUGUUCUCCGGGUACCUUGUCAUCCGUCCCAAAAUGCCGCUUCUCUGCGUCCACGCCUCUCGCCUCGACCAGAUCCUGUACAGCCAGGCGGGCGUGCUCAGUGUCCGGUUGACGAUCCUGAUUCGCGCCGAGAACCAUAACCAGAAAGCGCACGCGACCUUCUACGAGACGAAGCUGUUGCUCGGUUACCAUGGGCUGAACAUCGCGCAGCUGGUGGCGGAUCCGUUCGACGUAGGGAAGAACGCGACGACGGAGUUGAACUACGUGGUGCAGUCGUCGUCGAUACCGUUGCCGCCGGAGGAACGGUAUUUGACGCAGCAAUCGCUGAAUAAAGGUAAGAUGAUGUUGUUCUUCUUGAAAGGGAGUUCGAGAACGAUGUGGAGGGUUGGUCCAUUGGGAUCGCUGAAGUUCUGGCUGAACAUGAACUGUGAGAUCUUCCUGCCCAUCAAUGGCAGCGUGGUGUAUCCCCAUUGUAGCACAAAAUCACAUUGA